AUGAUCAGUGAGUAGGAAGCAAGGUUAAUAGGAAAGCAAGUUUUCCUAAACUACUCUGCUAAUGGAUAGGUAGAUGGGUUUAAGCUUAUAAAAGAUGGAUAAAAAUUGUUAGGUUAUGAUUAUACUCCUACUUAAGAGGAAGUUAGCUCAUAUGGUUCAAACAUUUUAGAUGCAAAUAAAGAUAAAAGCAUUACACAAGAAGACUUUGAAGCUUUGGCUAUUAAAUAUUUAUGUAAUAAAAUUGAUUUAAAAGCUUAGGUUACACAAGUAUAGUAAUAAGAAGAACCUGUUAAAAGGUAUUCAAAAGCGGUAGAAUAAAGACUAGAUGUAGCUAGAAGGCUAUUCAAAAAGUUUGAUAGAGAUUAAUCAGGUGUAAUUUCAAGAGAUGAAGUACCUCAACUCCUUGAAGACACUUACAGAGAAUUAGGGAUGAACUAAAAAGUUUCUAAAUAAGAUAUUGACGAUUGGAUGAAUUUGAAUGAUGUUAACAAAGACGGACAAGUCACUUUGUAAGAAUAUGAAUAAGUUAUUUUAUAAUCUCUAAAAAAGGCUGGCAUAAGCUUAGAUUGA